UCUACAGGUGGGCCAAAAGUUUGACGAAGCAACGUAAAGUUGGAGUAAAACGUCCUUUCCGGAAGUGUGGUUUAAGGAAAUGGAUACCAUAUUUAAUAGGCCUCUUUAUAGACAAAUAUCCGGGAUGUAAAGGACGACGCGGUGAGAACAAUGGAGGCUAACGGCGUUGGAGUCCUUGUAUUGUUAAUCAGAAGUUGCUGAUGGAUGCAGGGUGAAGCCACGCAGAUAUUCUGGAUUUAAUGACUUCCGUGGAUGUGUCUACCUUCCCUGGAUAUUUGAGGAAUAUAUCUUCUCACAACCAGUAGGAUUAAUCACAUCAGGAGCCAUAAGACAAACCAUAAAGACUGUGGAAGCUUGGAUCAUCUGUCUCCUGCAGGUGCUGACAUUUUGCUCCAGUGACAGCGUUUGGAGCCACAGGGGAGCAGGUCUCUUCCCCAAGGGCGGCGUUGUGAGAACUCUGUCAUCUCUGGCAGCAGAAGCCUUGUACACUCUGCACAUCUCUGUGUCAGAUUGCGAGCAGCCCCCCAUCUGGCGCCGAGUCGCGGAGUGUCACUAAAUGAACAGACGUCAAGUUGCUGAGUCCCACGUUUGGCUCUCUCUGCAGGCGGGAGGGACUGCCUGAAAGCCGGAGACACCUGCUCCAGCGAUGACACCUGCAGUCCACGACUGCGCACCCUCAGGCAGUGUGUGGCGGGGGACGGCAGUGUGAAGCUGGGGCCCGGGGCGCGAAACCAGUGUGAGAAUGCCAUGACGGCACUGCUGUCCACCCCUCUGCAUGGCUGCCAAUGUAAACGAGGCAUGAAGAAGGAGAAGAACUGCCUGAGCAUCUACUGGAGUCUGCAUCAGUCUGUGCUGCACGGACUCAGCCUGGUGGAAAGCUACCCGUACGAACCAGAAGAGAGGGGCUCCGACUACGUUCGUCUGGCCUCCAUCGCCGCUGAGUCAGAAGUUACGACAGUGAACCGCUGCCUGGAUGCCGCCAAGGCGUGUAACAUCGAUGAGACGUGUCAGAAGCUUCGUACCGAGUAUGUCUCCUCCUGCAUCCAGCCGUCAGUCCGCUCGGGGCCCUGUAACCGGCCGAAGUGCAACAAGGCGCUGAGGAAAUUCUUUGACCGGGUUCCCCCCGACUACACCCACGAGCUGCUGUUCUGCCCUUGCACCGACACGGCCUGUGCGGAGCGCCGCAGGCAAACCAUCGUGCCCUCCUGCUCCUACGAGGACAAGGAGAAGCCCAACUGUCUGGCUCAGCUGAGGAUAUGCAAAGCAGACUACGUGUGCAGGUCUCGCUGGGCACAGUUCCAGUAUGAUUGCCAACCUUCAGAGGACAGCGCCAGUGGCUGCAAGCAGGAGAACUAUGGAGCAUGUCUACUCGCAUACACCGGCCUGAUAGGAAGCACAAUAACUCCCAACUACCUUGACAACUCCACAUCCAACGUGGGACCCUGGUGCUCAUGUGCGGCAAGCGGCAACCACAGGGAGCAUUGCAACGACUUCCUCGUUUUUUUCCACGACAAUAUCUGCCUGAAAAAUGCCAUCCAGGCCUUCGGGAACGGAUCGGACGUGAAAACGGGCCAGCCCGGGAUGCCCAGUCCAGCCUCGGACAACCAGAUCCCACACUCCGCAACCACCGCCCCGGGCAUCUCCAUGGAAACAGAGCAGAACAUUCUGAGAGCACAGAUACCUACUCAGGUAAACGAGAACGACAGAUUGUGGGGCGACGAGGAUGACUCCACCCUUCCCUCUCCGGGCCUGUCGGACCGCGGAGCCGAGCCCGUCUGCCUCUCUCUGCCGCUGCUGCUGGGCCUGGGUUGGCUGUUUGGCCUGAUCCUCUCCGACCAAUAAGAGGCCUCGCUCACCUGGCCUCCACGGACAAAACUCCAGA